AUGUCUCCUACUUACAAAAAUGCCGAAUCCCACUUACGAAACAUAAAUUCCACUUGGUCCAAAAUCGUUAACACCGUAGGCCCAUGUACAUUACACCCACACCCCGAACGCCAACCGUACGAAGGCCUCAUCCGUGCAAUCACCUCUCAAAAGUUAUCAGCAGCCGCUACUGAAGCCAUUGAAAUCGUUCAAACUGACGUGGAAUCUCUUCACUCCUGUGGGUUCUCUAAAUUAAAAGCCGACGCUGUUCACAACAUUGCCAAUGCUGCACUUAACAAAGAUCUCCCCUCUAACGACGAAAUUAACAAAAUGUCAAAAGAGGACCUUUUGGAAGCCUUAAGCAAACAUAAAAGCGUUAAACGUUGGACAAUUGAAAUGUACAUGAUUUUCACUCUAGGACGCCUCGAUGUUAUGCCAGCCGACGAUGCUACCCUACGCUCUCAAAUUACGCACAUUUUCCAUUUAGAGGGCAAACCGUCCAUUGAAGAGCUAGAAAAGGUAACUUCUCCUACUGCUCCAUAUCAAACUAUAGCUGCUUGGUAUUUAUGGCACUAUCCAAAACACUAA